UCACACUACACACAUUUUGCCAAGUGUUGAAAUUGUUUUAUUUUGCGAAAUUCCUAAUAAAACCUGGGGUUAAAAGCUUAGUGGCGUGCAAAUAAGCGAGGAUAAUUUCGCCCGAGCUCUGAGUGUCUCGUUUGCCGUCAUUGCCUAACGCUAAUAACCUGUUUUUGACCUUGGACAGCAUGGAGCGUCGUCGCUUGCACAUGAACAGCCCCAUGGCCGACUCCACGCGGAUUGACGCUUCUUCCAUCGGCAAACGCCCCGUGCCCAGCAGCUUUCUGGCGACACUAAGUCCCUAACGGAACAGCGUGAUCAGCAGCAACGGCAGCCGGACCCCGGAGGAAUCGCUGGCCAGCCAGACGAUGGCCACGACUACAGCAGGCAGCAGCAACAGUAUAUCUAGACAAAAACUGAAUCUUAGUCAGUUGGAUCCAAGGACCUUUGCCGAUGUGCACAGCAGUGGCCUGACCUCACGCAUUGCUGCCUACCACGAGAAUAGCCUUGGAGGACGCGGCAGUGGCAGUGGUGCUGGUGGUUUGCAGCGCAGUAUGUCCGUCAGUAACCUCUACAGUCCACUGUCGCAUUCACGACGGCCCGCAGCCCCACCACUGCCGUACAAGGCGAGUGUUCCAGUGCUCUCGCUGACCAAGAUUGCACCGCCUGAACGAAGCUUUUAUUCCGGCAACACACUGUCUAGCCUGAUGCGGUCCAACUCACUGGUCGGUGUGGGGCUCAAAACCAGCGAUCAGGAGCAGUUGUCGCGGGAGAAUCGACCCAUUCUGCAUCCACCACAUCCGCAGCACGAGUGCGAACCCACCAGAAGUGUUCUGGAGGAGCUCAAGGAAAUCUCGCGGAAACGCAUUAACAGUGGUGAUACACAGUCGGCGCAUGACUUUACGAAAAGAAGCUGCCAGCGAGAGGACUUUGUAGACCUUCAUCAGCAGCACCAUCAGCAUCACCAUCACCAACACCAACAGCAUCACGAACUGCAUCGGCUGCAGCAGCAACAGCACCAUCAGUCUUUCAAAAGACAGCGGGAACUGACCGUCGCCGUUCCCCUCAGGCACAACCUGACCUCACUGCCCGUUCCACCGCCGGCAUUGCAGCAUAUGUACUCCAAUGGAGCGAUUUCGCCCCGCCAGUCGCCGGAGCAGGUGGCCAAGCGUCGUAACUGCAGUUACAGCAACGAUAUUGCCUCUUCGCUGAGCUCCAGUCUACGGCACACCAACAAGCGGAAACUGUUUGACAUGCGGGACAGCUUGCAGCAAAGCCAUAACGAGUCCGCCGCCAGUACCAGUUCGCCCGAAAAUUCGCCCAAGUCAAAGGUUCAGCGUAAGGUAGAUGCUGAGUCCAUCGGCAGGACCCAGAGUAUGCCCAUUCCCGCUGUUCCGCCUGUACCACCAGCACGGACGAUCUCAGCACCUCCCGCCAAGAGCCACAGUAGUGAACAUCGCCCUACGGAGGCUAUUGUUCCGCCUGCCGCACAGAAGCCGAAGCUUACCCUAUUCAAUGCGCGGCAGCCGACGCAAACGACAGGUGAUCGGACGCGUCAGGAUCUCAACAGCCCCGAUGUGGAUGCCGGGGAGUAUGCCGGCAUACAGUUUGUGAAGCCCAAGCAGCAGAACUCUAUGCAGGGUGUAAGAAAUCCCAGCGUGGAGCGUACUCAAAAGACCAAGCUGGCCAUCAUGCUGAGCGGAUUGAAGGGCGAACUGUACCAAGGUGAGCCAGAUGAGCCUGACACCACACUGGUGCCACCGCCUGCAGGUCUGCCAACGCCAAUUAAACCCAUCAGUUCGUCUGUUGUUACAUCUAAGACCACAACAACAACGACAACUACCUCCACGACCACCACAACGACCUCUACGACCCCUGCCCAGACCAUAGUGUCCCCCAACAAGCCAGUUAUAUUGAGCAACCAAGUCAUUGUGCCAGCGGCUUCGACAACGGCAACAACCACGUCUACAACAGUGCCAAAGCUAGCCUUUGGCGCUCUGGGAGGCACAGCAGCUGCACCAGCACCGGCUCCAGUAACAGCUUCAGCUCCAGCUUCAGCUUCUGCAGCAGCUGUUGCUCCCUCUCCCAGAUCUGACCCUGCAGCAGCACCAGCUCCCUCUCCAGUCACCACAGACAAAGCCCCAGAAGCCGGUUUAGGAAAUCAGGCCAAGUUUAGCCUGCCUGCCACUUCAAUAGCUUCCGGCGUAACGUCAGCUCAGCCCUUGUCUUUUGGCAGUCCAAAACCCUCCACAGCACCAACACUGUCCUUUGGAUCUACCACCACAACCACCAGCGCCAGCAGCUCCAGCACAGCAGCCUUAUUUUCCGUAUUUGGACACUCACCAGCUACUACUAAUGGACCCACCGUAGGCGCUGCCACUAGCUUCAAAACCGAAACAACAAAGGAAACCACGUCUACAACUACAGCCAACAGCUUGGGAACACCGAACACAACUUCACUGACCUUUGGAACAUCCACCGCUACGGCAACUGUCCUGCCACGCAUUGCACCAACACUUAACUUCGGCCAGCCUAUUGCAGCCACCACCACAGUGAGCACAUCUCCAUUUGGCACAGCACCGACAGCCAGCAGCAGCAUGAUAAGUCCACCGAAAGCCGCGCCAAUGUUCGCCUUUGGACAAUCAAACUCAACUGCAAAUGGAAGCGCAACUCCAGCAAAGCCACCGGCAGUAUUUAGUUUUGGAAGCAGCAGCACACAAGCCACCAAUGGAGCGACAGAAAGCAAACCCACCUUUGGGGGGGUUUUCAAUUCGAAACCGGAACCCGCGAAACCAGCAGGUAUCUUUGGCAGUCAGGAUGCCACCUUUGGCAGUCCCUUCAAGCCACCAGCAGCUUCAGUGGCGUCGGGAGCUGCCACGUCCACAGAGCCGGCCAAUGCAUUCGCCUUCAAGACUCCAACAACCAGCGCGACUACAACAGCCACAAAUCUCUUUACCUUCGGUGGAGCAACAAGUACGGCCGCUAAGCCAGCGGAACCAGCCACUAGCCUGGCCUUUGGCCAAAGUGCAGGCACAGCUGCAGCCACGCCAUUUAGUUUUGGAGGAGCAGCCACUGCUGCCAAGGAAACGAGCAGCAACACUGAUGCUAACAAAUCCGUAUUUGCAUUUGGAGGAUCAGCAGGAGGAGGAGACAAGAGCUCGAGUAACAAGCCCAGUGCUGUGCUCAACUUUGGUGGAGGUGAUAAGGCUGCUCCUUCGCCGGCUUUUGGCAGCGUAGCCCCAACGGUAGCUGCGGUGACACCAACACCUGGACCUGCCUUUGCUUUCGGAUCAUCAUCGAAACCGUCAACACCUAUGUUUGGUAGUAAUGGAGCCACUGCUUCGCCGGCAGCCACAAAACCAUUUGCAUUUGGUGCAGUGCAGUCGACGCCGACAGCAGCACCUGCACCGACAGGAGGAUUCUCCUUAGCUGCAGUCGCGGCUAAGAAGACCGAGGAGCCUAGUGGAGCCAACUUGUUUGGCAGUCCCGCGGCCAAGCCAAGCUUUAACUUUGGCGGAAACACCAGCAACCAAGCAGCAGGACCAGCAGUUGCAUCACCAGCCGCACCAACUGGAGGCUUCUCUUUCGGCAAAAAGGAGCCGGAUGCCACCAAUGUCUUUGGAAGUGCAGCGAACGCCAAUACAGGAGUCGUGAAACCCACAUUUGGCUUUGGCGGUGGCAGCAAUGCCACCACUCCUGCUCCUGCUACAUCGUCUGGCUUCGGAGGAUUUGGAGCCGGGCAGGCUCCAGCAGCAGCAGCAUCACAACCAGCAGCGGGGGCAUCCAAUCAGAACAAACCCUUUGCAUUUGGCGGCAGCACAGCAACCGGUGCUCCCACCGCUGCACCGAGUAUAGGUGGCAAUCUCUUCGCCAGUGCAGUGGCUGCCACCCAGAACCAAGCCAAGCCGGGAGGCUUUGCCUUCGGUGGGGCUAAGAACUCCACCAACUCCAAUUCCACAGCCGGCAACGCUCCCUUCUCAUUCGGCGGAGCUGCUGCUGGCGGCAUUGCUUCGCCGCCCAGCAACCAGAGCAUGAAUACGGCCAAGCCGUUUAGCUUCGGUGGCGCUGGUGGCAAUCCAGCACCCAGUGUCUUCGGCAGCCCAGCACCCCAGCACCCAGCGCCCCCAGCUAGCAAUCCGGCCGGAGCCUAUAACUUCGGUGGCGGCUCCUCACCAGCCCAACAGGCGAAUGCUGGGAACAUGUUUGCCCCACCACCAGAGAAUCGGCCCUUCCGCAAGGCAACGCGGCGGCUGCAGAAAUAAGUCGGAUGUUUUAAGUCUGUGUAGAUCGUUAUUGUUUCGUUUAGGUACAAUUUCUAUUAAUUUCUUAAUCAUUAUAUUGUGGUAAUUUCAAAAAUAAAGUUUGUAUGAAAGUGUAC